AUGAAUGAAUUAGGAAAAUAUAUGUGUUCAAAUAUGUCCGUUGAACCCAAAUCAUGGCCAGAAUUUGUUGGUAAAGAUGCCAACGAAGUUGAAGCAAAAAUAAGAGCCGAAGGUUAUGAACCAAAAUUAUUAAAAGAAGGUUCACCAACAACUCGAGAUUAUCGUGAAAAUCGUGUAUUUGUGUUUUAUGAUGAAAAUACGAAGACAGUAACAAGUGAACCAAGAACGGGAUGA